UUUCGACCGAUCAUUACUAGGGUUUUCCUACGAUCAAGGUUAAGCUGAAAAUGACUGAUUCCUCUGACAGUAAAUGUAUAUUUUGUAAGAUAGCAGGAGGACAAGACAAGGCAACCGAUAUUUUAUACGAGAAUGAAGAGCUCGUUAUAUUCAAAGAUAUCAAACCAGCUACUCGCCACCACUACCUCAUUGUCCCAAAACACCACAUAAAGGAUCCCAGGAGUCUGAACUACAGUCAUCUGCCGUUGGUGGAAAGACUGGUAGAAGCUGGUAAUGACUUCCUGAAACAACAAAACGGAGAUAUUAAUAAAGCCAGAUUCGGUUUCCACUGGCCACCUUUCACCAGCGUGAACCACCUCCACUUACACGUGAUAAGUCCAACAUCAGAAAUGGGAUUUAUAGCACGAUGUGUUUUUAGGCCAAAUACGUUAUGGUUUGUUACCGCGGAGUGGCUCAUAAACAGAUUGAAAGCGAUGAACUUGAAGUCUUAGAAGCAGUCAUGUAUGCAGACGAGAGGCCAUUUGGAGAAUUUUGAUACCAUUUGCGGGGGUGCUGUCGAAAUAUCGAUACACCUUAUGUCAUUAAAUAGUCUACAUUGCUCAUAAUGACAUCGGUGCUUGCAAUCGUUUUAGUGACCGUGAAUAAGGACAAAAUCAAGAGUGCGUUUUACAACGGCGGAUGCAUUGACGAAAUGGACACUUUCAUUGACGAUGGGUGUGUAUGAGGCGCAUGGAAAUUAGGGAAAGUACCUCACUAUAGCCCCCUAGUGUUCGAAUGUGAUAUCAAAAUAUAUAUGUAUACAUAAAACCUUCUUAUACACUUAUCGUUGACAUAACACGUACCCACGUCUUUCACGCCACCUGGAAGUCUGGAAGGAUUGGCCUCUUGGGAGUUCCAAAUUUAGAAAGCUUUUAAUUUAGACACUUUUCUGGAAGUUCAUUAUUAUCGGUUAAUGUUUAAUCUGUGAAAGGGUUAUAUACUUUGUUGUGUGUAGGCACACAGACGGGUAGGUAAGGGUUUGAGUGAGUGAGGAGAAAGUAUUUGUAACGUAAGACAUUUUUAUUGAAUGAUACUUGUUUUAAUGUUGGAGUUAACAAAAGACUCGAUUUGAGUGAUGGUUCAAAGCAGACAUUGUAGUUUUGUCAUGACACGUUAUUAAAACAUUUAUUGGUUCUU